AUGUCGUGCCCCGACUGCGUCAGAGGCCACGUCCACCCAGGCACCCCAAAAGGCCGCAUCGAAACCGUCCACGGCCUGCAAACCUACGUCUCCGAGCCCGAAGACACCCCAGAGUCCGAAAUCAAGGGCAUCGUGGUGUUCAUCCCUGACGCGUUUGGGUGGGAGUUCGUCAACAACCGUCUCCUGGCGGACCGAUACGCAGAGACGGGCAAGUUCAGGGUCUACCUGCCUGAGUUCAUGAACGGAACCGCCGUCCCAGCUUGGGGCCUCGACACAAUACGUGCGGUCAUGAAGACCCAGACGGUUUGGGAUUGGAUUUCGAAGCCGUACCACAUCGCAUGCGCUCUCUACGUCAUGCCCACCUUCAUGAUCCGCAACCGCCCCGCAAAAUCCUACCCGCUCGUCGAGUCCUUCUUCGUCUCCCUGCGCCAGUCACCAGAGGGCCAAAGACUUCCCAUCGGCGCAGCGGGGUUCUGCUGGGGCGGAAAGCAUACUCUUCUCCUUUCACACGGGGCAUCGACGACUAUAAACGGGGCGAAACGCAACCUCAUCGAUGCUGGCUUCACGGGACAUCCUAGCAUGUUGGCUUUACCUGGUGAUAUUGAGAAGAUGGUGAUCCCUGUUAGUUUUGCGUUGGCUGAGCUGGAUUCGAGUUUGAAGGGGGAGCAGAUCGAGAUGAUUAAGAGGUUUGUUGAGGAGAAAGAGGAGGUUGGUGGGGAGGUCAAGGUUUACGUUGGUGCUGGCCAUGGGUUCUGCGUUAGGGCUGAUGUCGCGGUUGAGAAGAGCUACAGGCAGGCUGCGGAAUCCGAGGAGCAGGCCGUGGAGUUCUUCAGGAAGCAGUUUGCGAAGAUUUAG